AAGAAAUUCCGCCCUGAUUCGAUCCGACUGGGUUGAAAACGAAGAUACAAAGUAAAUUUUACAUGAAGAAGAUUUGGCUCGGCGUAUUCGAUCUCGUCCUCGCUUUUCUUUAUUGAUUAUAACCACGGGCUCUUUACUUUAUGUCGAUGUCCUCUCCUAGGGUUCCUUCCCUCACUUGUUACUAGCAGCUCUUCCUUUAUACCUAAGAUAAACCUAUUCUUUUUCAAAGCAAACACUCAAGAGUCGAAAGAAUUCACAAUAGAAAACAAAGUCAGAAUAGUUGAAUAGCUGCCCAAAAGCUAGCCACCUAGAAAAGAGAUCGAGCGAGCAAAAUCCAACUCCAGCCAGAUUCAUUGUCAUCACUAGUUCAAUACAAAUGGACCAAAUUGAUGAAAUGCGAGUGUAAAACAUAAAUAUGAGGGUUAAUGAAGUUGAUGAUGCAGGACCAGUGUAUCACAGAGUCGUUGAAUCUUUCUCGAACAAGUUUUUUCCUUCAGGAUAUCAAUGCAAGUUAGUUGGUAUUGGCAGUGCGAACUUGGCAACUGUAUACUCACAACCGGGCAGCUUUAUUGUUAUAUAUGGCUUAUGAAAAAAAAAAAAAAGCCUAGUGUGAAUGAGGGAUAUCUUAGAUGCACGUGAUUUCGUGCGCUGCAACACUUUUCUAUUGUACACGUUUGUUGUGUUAUUGAAGAAAUACGAGCCAUCCCUGUUAAUACAUUGAAUCCACAGAGGACGGCAAUGGCUGUGGGUGAUUUUGUCAAGACAGGGAAAAUACGAAGCCCUGCAGAUCUUAGAUAUCGUGAAGAUCUCUUGUUCCCGGGAGGAUUUGUAGAAGAUGCUGGCAAUGUAAAAGUUGGACAGGCUUUGUACAGAGUGGUGAAGCCUUCAAAACUUAAUGAAUUGAAAGAAUUAUUUCCUGAGGAGAAGUUUAUUCCAAGUCCUGGAAAUAAAUGGAUUGAUUUAGUAUUGGAUCAAAACGCCACUGGUGAAGAUGCACUGAAGGGAUGGCUGGUUGCUGCAUAUGCUUUGAAGAAGUUUUCCUCAUUAGCGAAAGGGUCCUAGUGAAGUUGAGAUUGAAGGACAGAAGUGAGUUCAAUCUCCAACUAUAUUCAAAGAGUUAUCAAAUAUUGUUGGACUGGAACACCGACACAGGAAAUAUAUUUGAAUAAAAUAUGGAGUUUAAUAAUCCAUCAAUUGAAAA